CCUCUCCAGCCUUGUUUAUGCAUGGUUUAUGCAUGGUUUAUGUAAUUAGUUCCAAAGAGAUUCAGAAUGGCCAAGAUCAUGAUGUCCAUUUCGCCUGGCUUUAAUUUGCGGCAACACAUCCAGCCUGGGGCCCUGAAUCUGAUGAUGUCAAAUUGUUGGUGCUUGACAUAGCAUUGAACAUGUAACUGUAACUUGGUCUUAAAGGUGCAUGGAUUACUUUGCCCUUAUCAACGCUUGCUGGGCCAUCUUCAUGCGCCACCAUUGUCUGGAUGCAACAGCUGAAGAAAUUUGCUUUUCUUGAGAAAGUGCAUUUUGGAAGGUUGUUGUUGCACACAGGAUCCAUGAACGGAAAAGUUGUUUGUGUAGUUCUUUGAAGCAGGGUGUUAAAUUGAAUUUGUUGGCUUCUUGUCCACUAUUUGUCUUCGUAAAAUGGAAGCGUUGCAAAAUAUCUGGUUUUCCAACCCUGUUGGAGUCUAUCGUGGUAUUUAAUAUUGUGUUGAAACGCAUGGUUGCUUCAUCAAGAUGAUUUUCAGGACCUAAGAAAUUGGUUUUCUUGUGCAGCAGUCAUGAGAUAAGCAGGCAGUAGGAUGCACUCAAGAAGUGGUUUACCAACUCCAAGACCUCCUGAUGACCGCAAAGGUGGUGAUGAAGAUAAAAAUGAAGGUCGAACGAGGAGGGUUUCUGGCGGGUCUUCGUCACCAAAGAAAGAUUCCAGCAAAACGCUCGUUUCGCGACGAGGCGUUAAAAAUAAGCAGUCCUCGCAAGAAGUCUCGGUUUUUGAACAUGGCAAUCGUGAACAGCACGCAAUCCACAGCCGUAUCGGCCAGAGCUCGUCCAUCGAAGACUCCUAUUGGUCAAGGAAUUGGAACUCUGAAGGCGGCAGACCUAAGCGCGAGAGAGCGUUAAGCGACCGACCCCAGUCUAAGCGGUUGCUCCAUCGAGCAUCGUUAACUUCCGUAGGCGAGCUCAUACCGUUUCAAAGAGCUCCGAGGGACGGCAGCUAUGAGUCCAAUCUACCUCAUAGAAAGAAAUCUGAAACUAAAAAGCAGAUCAAACCAGACGACAGAAAAGAAUCAUCCAAUCAUGAGCAUAGAAGUAGUUCUAAAAGCAAUGAGCCCCAAAGUUUUGAUGCUGCCCCAAGCUCUUCUGUUGGAAGACAGAGGAGGCAGGGCACAAACCAAUCAAGGGCAACUCAUCUGAGAAACAAAGACCCCAAAGAGAACACAGUUCAGCCUUCAAGAAAGCUGAGUUCUGAAAAGGGUUCUGUAGCAGUAAACCCCAGGGAGCAUCCUCAAAUUGGUUCAGAGAGGAAAAAUAGGAUCACUGAUACGAACAACAAAACAGAAGGAAUUGAAUCUUCUGAUGGACCUGGACUGGGAGUUUUAACUGGAGUUAGAAAUAGUACCCCAAAUGUAGCAAACUCUUUAUUGCAACAACAUGGCGGAGACAGCCUGUCGGCCCAGCGGUCUGCAGAAGAAGCUCCUCAGUCAUCAGGAAGACAUUCAACUUUCCAAAGCAGCCGCACUGUGUCGGUGAAGCAUGGGAAUGACGAAGAGAAUAGCAAUCUGAUGGUAACUAAAGUCAAUUCACCGUCUGCAGAGUUCAGACAAGCAGCAGGCCAUCAGCAAACGAGGAAUUCAGUUACACCCUCAUCCCAACCGACAGCGUCUGCAUCAAACUCUCUCUCAUCAACCAAUCUAUUACCUUUGAACUUAAACAACAUCUCCAGCCCAGUACCAAGCACAACAUCCGAUGUUGGACAUCCAGAGGAGACGAGUCCGAGACGACCAAAUAGUGUUUUCCGUAGGGGGAGAGACUCAAAUAGUAUCUUGGAACCAAAUCCUUCCCAAUCAAGUCAAGCUUUUACUUCUGUUCCUAAUUCUACUACCAUCAGGGAAAGUCCAAGAACAAUAAUGCCUCAUCCUCCACCAAUGAACACAUCUCAAACAAGUGAAACGAGAAGGGAUCGAUCUUUGUCGGUGAAUGAUGAUAGUACAAGUCCGAGAACAAACCUUGCACACCCUCCAAAUGCCAACCUACCACCUUCCUUGCCAGGCGGUCCAAGUGCAACGUCUUCACAGCAGGGGAGGUUGAAUCGAUUUGGCAGAAGAGUGAGAGUUCCUUCUAGCUCUGAACCUCGGGAGAGUAGCAACCACCCGGCCCAAGAAGAAAUCCGUCUUAACACCUCUGCCGAGCAAACUCCGGAACCAGUAAAUGAAACCUUUGAAGGAACUAAUCGUCAGAGGUACAGAUUUUUUACUCUCUCACGGGACCUAGCCAAUGAAGAAAACCAGAGGUCAGCCAUCUCGCUUACGCCACAUCGAGAUGUCCUCUAUGGUUCUACGUCACCACCUCUGCUGCGGCGACACAUGAGAACCCACUUUGACUCGGAUCACAGAGAAACCUCUCGCACAAGCCAAGGAUCUGUCGGCCUCAGAAGCAGCCUUGGAUCUUCCAUCAGCGAUGAUGACCUUCUCAGAGAAGACUCCUUCCGUACCUCAUCAGGAGGCCAGCCUGUUUUCUCGCCUGUCCUAAACUCCGGCCCUUCUCUUGACAGCUCUUUAGUUCAAAGACAGCAUAUACUCCAUGCAGACGCCAGCAUCUCUCCAAGAGAGAUUUCCAGCCUAAACUCAUCGCCAAGAGAGUUGUCUCGUCUUAGUUCAUCCUCCAGGGAGGUUUCUCGUCUCAACUCAUCUGCGAGAGAGCUUCCCGUUCUUAACGCCUCGUCGAGGUCUCAAAUACGUACUAGAGGAGAACCGGACAUUGCAAGCUCCUCAGACCAGGAGUACUUGACGUUUUCUGUCGAUGAGGGACGUCUUGGUCGGGAUGCGAGGAGGAGGUACCAGAACGACCGUAAUGAUGCCAUCCCACGCCUUCUACCUCAGAGAAGUCAAGAGACAAGUAGGGAGUUGUCCAGAAGCUCACAAAUCAUGAACGAUGUCUUUGGAUCAAACACUAAUCAGAUGGCGUCUAUCCAGGGCGACGCCAGUUCAGACCUCCAGGUGCCCCUCUUCGGCUCCCCAUUAUUUGCCCCUCUCGGCGUCCCCCCUGGAAUGCUACUGAGUCUGCUGGUCAGGACACGCAGAGAGUUUGGACAAGAAUUCAUGGAGUUACUUCUAGAGAAUAUGAUGCUAAACGUCUUGGCACAUCAUCUCUUUGAGACGGAUCUCCAAGGCAACGAUGAUGGCAUCAAUGGUGCUCCCCCACCAGCAACUCAGGCCAUCAUUGACAAUCUUAAGGAAACUCCUGCUCUGGAGAUGCAUAUAGCCAAAGAAAUGAAGUGUUCCAUUUGUCACAGCGAGUACGAAUUCUACGAGACUCUAGCUGAGUUGCCAUGUACACAUUUCUUCCAUCCAACCUGUGUGGCUGUUUGGCUCAAGAAGUCUGGUACCUGCCCUGUUUGCCGAUUUGAUUUGACAUCACCAACUAAAUGAGACUCAAUGGUCAGGGACGUCGCCAUGGCUUCACCUCUUCCUUAAGAUGCUCACUUCAGCAUCAGUUAUUCUCAGAUUUGCUUCAAGGCACUAUACUAGACAGGACGCAUUGUCUUGGUUUGAAACUGGAUGCCUGGUCAGGGUUGACAAAAUGCAAAUGCAUGAAGCCCCAUCACCCACCAUAGCAACUGUUUAAUGGCAGAUUGGUAAGAUAACCGUAUUUGUGAUGCUUAUCGUUGGUACCACAUGGUUUGCACGGUACCAAUAUAGGUAGCACCAAUCUAAUGGUUGGUACCACAUGGGAUGUUGGAACCACAUGGAUGGUACCACACAGUACCUUGUGGUUGGUACCACGAACGAUACCAUAUGGAUUAUUGAUGGUACCACAUGGAUGGUACUACAUACAUGUAGAUGGUACCAUAUGGGUAGCACUUAGUGUAACAUGGGUGGUACCAUGUUGAUUAUGGAUGGUUCCACAUGAAUGGUACCACAUGGGUAGUACCGGGGUACCGAAUGGUUGGUACCACAUUUGAUACUGCAACAUUCCAACAACCUCAUCAGUUUAAUUCAUAAUUGUAGAUCAAGUAUCGGAAAAUCAAGUAUCGGUAGAUAGAUCAAGUAUCGGUAUUGUGAAAUUUUUUUUAGUUGUUUGCUGUGUGACUCUACAUUCUAGAGUGAACUUAAUAUUCUUGUCACGUUACUUUGAAUCCUUGUCGACAGAAACUGUUCCACAUUUGAUUAUAAUGCACAGUAAUGUUCAGGGUUUUCUGAUAUUGUUUGACAUGUUUGAAGAUAAAGUGACACAACCAAUUUUUAAAAACAAUUGCACGAACCAAUGCACGUUCACUUUUAUAUAAAAAAAAAAUAGUCUGAUUUUUAUUGGACAUCAAAUUUUACUAGUGGCUAUAAUGUUGGACAAAGUUAUGUGGACGCUGUAUCAUGCAUUUCUGGAAAUAAAAAUAUACAAAUAUUUGUUCAUGUUUUUAUUGUGCGAGAUUCUUUAAAGAAUUUGUCUAACAUCCCGGUUUUAAAGUUACAUUCCAUCACCAUUCACUUUAACAAAAAAUUGGGAUUUCAAGUAGAUUUUCAAGAUGUUUACACAUUUGUUUUCCAAUCACUGAUCAGUUGCACAAUUAUUUGGGAAUCAUUUUUGGCUCAGUGAAUUCUUUCCCUGCCUUUCGCCUGCUUGGACCCUGGGGCCAACUUCAUAGAGAUGCUUGCACCAAAUAUAGCUCGCUUAUUUUUCACUAGUCUUGGUGCAAGACGUUUCUCGUUUUCCUUUCACGCACACCGCAGCCAAGUCACAGACAGCGCCCUGCACCGACUCACCUGACUUAGUCCAC